CCAAAGCUUAAAUUAUAACUUCUCUCAACUCACCACAACUACAAUGGCGAAAGACACGGAAGCACCUGCAGAAGCAUGUCCAGUUGACCAUGCUACUCGAGCAGCAUGGCUCAAAUCGAAUGCAUCCAAACCUGCCGUCUUCCCUGGCACCACCAAAGAAGCUGCUCAGGCAAGUCAAGGAAACAGCUGCGAUUCCAGCACUGUAGACCAAUCGCCACCUCCUCCCAAGGGUCUCUUCGCCAGAUUUACUAGUCCUGCUGCUGCUUCAGGUACACCGAAAUCAUUGGCUUUGGAUCGAGAAGUUUCUUCUAUCCCAAGAGCGUCUGCGGUAAACAACGAUGCGGGAGCCAAACCUGCGAAUAGCGAGAAGGAAAGCGGUGUUAGUGCGAGCGGGAAUUGGAUAUACCCGUCUGAGAAGAUGUUUUUCGAGGCGAUGAGGAGGAAAGGAUAUAGCAGUGAUGCGAAGGAUAUGAAGACUAUUGUGCCGAUACAUAAUGCUGUGAAUGAGAGGGCUUGGAAGGAAAUCAAGGAAUGGGAGAGGCCUUAUGGAAGUGAGCAGAAAUGUGGUGGUCCUAAACUCCAUUCAUUCCUCGGACUUUCAACGACACUUAGUCCCAAAGCGAGAUUCAAUACCUUGAUGGGAUAUACUGCUCCUUUCGAUAGGCACGAUUGGGUUGUGGAUAGAUGUGGAACAAGAGUGGAAUACGUUAUUGACUUCUAUGCUGGAAGAGAUGAAGGCAAAGGAAACGGGAAACUGAAUUUCUUCUUGGAUGUAAGACCCAAGUUGAAUACGUGGGAGGGAUGGAAAAUGAGAGGAGCCAAAUGGAUUGGCAUUGUAUGAAUUCGUGUAUAUUGGAGAGCAUUUGGCGUUGGAUGGAAUUGGGAAAGGGGAAGCAUAGCUGCUUUGAUUCAUGGAUGUGGGUGUUAGUGUACGACUAUGUCCUGUAUGAUAUGUGGUGCAUAUAGAUGAUGUUAGGCCGAUACGAUGUAUCCCCUCGGCGGUUCUGUCGGUAGUAGAACUAAUACCACUCCCAUUAUGAUCACGGU